GUAUGCGAUUCAAUUCUUAAACCACGAGACCCUGUCGGCUGUAUGCACUGCUUGCAAAUGAUAGGCUGUCGUGCAUGUGUUUUAAAGUGGAAUUCCGCCGCUAUAUCUGACGACUUUGGCUGGAAUAGCAGUUGUCCACUUUGCCGAAACCCUUGGAGAGACGGAAUUGAAGUGUAUCUUUGGACUAAAGAGAUUAAGGUUUCUGCUAGCUCUCAAGCAAAUAUUUCUUACAUUUACACCUUUUUCAAGCCUUUCUUGAAUAUAAAGUUUCUUAAUUGUUUAGCUUAUUUACGCAAAAAACAAAGCUAA